AUACCACUGGGUGCAGUGGGUUUUAUCAUUCACUGAACGUACUAUAUCAUAUUUGAUUUUGUAAAGUGCGAGGAAGCUAGUAAAUCUAAUUUUUCGAUUAUAUUUUUCUGAAACCGGAGGCGUAAUGGAUAAUAGUGAAUACGAGAUUCAGCAUUUUAACUUCUCGGUGGAACAGUUUUCACUUGAAAGGCGCCAUUAUUUAAAUAAAAUCCUGUCUCUCACUUUGCAAUCAAUGUUGGAUAAGUUAUCUAUGAACAAUAGCGAAACAAAAGAUCUCUUAUUAAAACAGAAGGAUAUUGUAAAGAGCAAAAUGCUCGAUGCUAUGGAAAAACAUUUGCUACAUAUUGAGGAAAUGGAUCGGAAGAACUUCUCUAUACCAGAAUAUGUUUUGUUAGCUAGUGACUACGGUCAUACUAAGCAAUAUAAUGAAUCGGAUGAGCAGGAGAUUGAUAAAAGAAUAGCUGAAAUGAAGCAACAGUUUUUAGAGAAUUCUAUAAUGGUUGAGUCCCUUAAAGUGGAGAACGAAAAAUAUGUAGAAAUCAGCAAUGAAGUUGAAAAUGAAGAGAGAUUUAUGGCGCAAGUUCAAACAGUUUUACAAAGAAUGGAAAGCCAAUGGAAAAAAGCCCAACAUUUAGUUACAGAAACUAAUAAUUUGGAAUAAUAUAAAAG